AUGAAGCUAACAACAGUCCUAGCCGUUUUGGUGUGUGGUCGCGUGUGUGUCGGAAUAACGCAGUUUUGUGAUAGCCCGAUCUACUGCGUGGGCGAUAUGCUGGACGUCGUGCAGAAAUCGAAAAUAUUCCAAGAUUCGAAAUCGUUCGUGGACAUGAGUCAGAUUAAUCGUCCCAAUGAGACACUGAGAAAUUUCAAUGAUUUCAUGAGGAACGCGCAUCACUCUCCUAGCCAGGAACAGAUAAGGAGCUUCGUCGAGGAAAAUUUCGUCGACGAGAGCGGCCUUGAAGAUUGGAUGCCGAGCGACUAUGACAGCAGCCCGUUGUUUUUAGAAAAAAUAAGCGACGAUGCGGUAAGAGGAUUCGCGCAGGACCUGAUAGGGAUCUGGCCCACUCUAGGACGCAAAGUGAAGAAGGACGUCAGGGAGAACCCUGACAAACACUCCCUCAUUUACGUGCCAAAUGGGUUCGUAAUACCUGGUGGACGCUUCAGGGAAAUGUACUACUGGGAUUCCUACUGGAUAGUCAAGGGCCUGCUCAUAAGUGGGAUGAAAGAAACUGUACGCGGAAUCCUCGACAACUUCAUCUACCUAGUGGAAAGGUAUGGGUUCGUUCCCAAUGGUAGUAGAGUUUAUUAUUUAAAUAGAUCGCAACCCCCUUUGUUCGCACUUAUGGUAGGAUUGUACGUUGAUUUCACUAACAAUGUCGAAUGGUUGCAGCAAAAUAUCGGGGUUUUAGAGAAGGAAUUAAAGUGGUGGUUGAAUAAUAGGGUUACGGUGGUGAAGAAGGAUGGAAAGAGUCACAUGCUGGCACAUUUCUCCUCAGAAGCUGACACGCCAAGACCGGAAUCGUAUUUCGAGGAUGUUAAGACAUGUGCGGAAUUUGAACAGGAGAGUAAAAAGAACUGUUACAUGAACCUGAGAAGCGGAGCAGAAAGCGGUUGGGACUUCUCGUCCAGAUGGAUGUUCCACCAAAACCACUCCAAAUGCUCCAACCUCACGCACAUCCAAGUCACUCGUAUAGCUCCGGUAGACCUCAAUUCCUACCUUUGCAAAGCUUUCCGAGAACUUUCCAGAUUCUACACAUUAACCGGCGAUUCGAAGAAGUCCUUCCAGUGGCUGGAACGGUCUUUUUCAUGGGAAAAAUCAAUAGAAUCGGUAUUUUACGAUAACCAAGAUGGGAUCUGGUACGACUACGACAUCACAUCAUCCAAAUCUAGAAAAGCUUUUUAUCUCAGUAACUUCGCGCCGCUCUGGUGUCAAACUUUUGACGCUUCACUAAGAAGAGAGUACGGAUCUAGAGCUGUGUCGUAUCUGAACAGCCUCGAGAUCGGAAAAUUUGAGGAAGGAGUACCCACUUCCUUGAAGGAAAGCGGACAGCAAUGGGACAGGCCAAACGCGUUUCCUCCGCUGCAAGAGAUCCUGAUUCUGGGACUUCUGGAAACUGGACAAUCUGAAGCUAAGGAACUAGCUACAAUAUUCGCUCACAGGUGGAUAGUCGCAAAUAUAAGGAGUUACAACAAGAACGGGGUAAUGUUUGAAAAAUAUCACGCUGAGAAUCCCGACCAAUUCGCAACUGGGGGUGAAUAUAGGGUGCAAUCCGGAUUUGGAUGGACUAAUGGGGUCGCUCUAUCGAUAAUAGAGAAAUUUUACGUUAAUAAAUAA